UUCAAAGCAAGAUUGUGGGUGGGUCGCAUGUCGUUUUGUCUUCUGGCGCAUUUCCUUUGCGUAUUUUCAUUUUUUGUUCUUUGAAUUAUUUUCUCUGUGUCGUUGUUUUUAUUUUUCACUCUCAAAACCAAUUUCAUUAUCGUCGUCGUCCUUCGCGCUAAAAUCAAAAAUAAAUAUUAAAACCGAUAAAUCUUAAAAAAGUUAAAUUUUUGCGCAUUCGUCCAAAACUGUGUUUAUAACCAAGAAAAAAGUGAGAAUUAUCCAAAAUAAAGAAUAAAAUGUCAUUGACAUUUUGCCUUGAAUUCUAAGUGAAUCAAUAAAAAGAAUUCUCAAAAGAAAUGUGAUAUAUUGUGUAGACAAAAGAAACUACCAUCUAAAAAGUGUAUAAAUAUUAAGUCCAUGUCGUGAAAAGAAAACAAACAACAUAAAACAACGAGCGAGAUAAUCCACAACUCCAACAACGAACCAAGUAGAACCCAAAAGAAGUCCAGACUCCAGAAACCAUCAACCAUCCAUAUUAAUAAUAUUUUACUAUUUGAAUGCUGAAUUAAUUUGCGCCCAACCAGUUUAUAGUACGCAAGCAAACAAAAAGUAAUAAAUAGAUUUAUAUUUACGAACAGAGAAUAAAAUCAACGUCCGUAUUAAAAAAAAAAGUUGAUUUUCCUUUGCUUGGGAACGACUGAAUCGUCGGAUGGACGGACCGACCGACAGGUGCAUUCUACAAUAGUGAACCUGCACGCUCUUUAAGUAACCAAACAAUUCGUCGUUGUUUGGUCGAUUUCCUUCGGCUUUGAAGUUUGUUUAUUGGAUUUUGUAACAUCAAAACCAGCAACAUAAAUAAAAACGUUGCAUUGAACGAUAUAAAUUAAAUUCAUGAACAUUAAUAAAAUAAUUUUGUGAAAAUAAUAAAUAUUAUUAUUAUUCUUGGAAUAAAAAAAUUGAAAUAAUGUUUGGCCAUGAAAAUAAGUUAAUGAUGAAUGGCAAUGGUUCGUUGAGCUCAUCAGGAGUUGGUGUGACACCGCCUGUAAUACCGCCACCACUGACAACAUCAGUGACCACAUCAGUGUCUGCAGCAGCAGCGGCAGUAGGAGCAGCAACAUCAGUAGCAGCAGCAGCAGCAGCUACAACGCCAGUGGGAGCAUCAAAUAGUUCCGCUCCAGCUGAAAUUACCAAUGGAAUGAAUGGGACGAACCAGAAUGCAAAUAAUCAUCGUGGUCUUGACAGUAACAAACGCAGAAAAUCAAAAAGUCGCAGCAACACAACCGUCCCAAAUACGUCCGCAUACUCAAGAGAACAUCUAAACGCCUGGCUUGAAACAUGUCUCAAAGAUGCCAGCUCAACACAAUUGUCCUCUUCAUCAGAAUUUCUCGAUUAUAAUCCAUCAAAAACUUUCCAAUCGAGUAAGAAACCUCAAAUGCAGCAUCAGCAACAGCAGCAACACCACCACCAACAACAACAACAGCAAAACCACUUUAAACAGCAAUUUAAACAACAAUUUGAACAACAAUUCAAACAACAACAAAAACAACAAUUUCAGCAACUAUUUGAUCUUCCUCGACCUCCCUCGUACUCCAAUGCGUUCAAUCAAGCCUAUCAAAUGAAUAAUCCCUACGCUUUCAAUCCAAUCAAUCAUCUACUCCAGCACACUGAUGGUUCAGUAGAAUUUGCCAGUCUUCCGCCAAUUGUUAACAUUUUGGGAUCAGAAAAUGAAAAUAACUCAACAGAUGUCCUUGAUGGUAGCAGCAGUAAUCCAAACAUGAGUAGAGGUUUUAGGUUCAGUGAUCCUUGUUUACUUAAUCCGUCCGAUAAUGAUUCCAAAGUAAGUGGCCAAAAUACACCAGAUCGCAGAAACUAUACAAAUCCAGGAGGCGACAUGGAUAAUAAUAAUAAAUUCUUUGCCGCAUUAAUGGAACAAAUUAAUGUCUUACAUGAAACAAAUUCGAAAAUUUGUCGAAAUCUUCAUGAGACUAAAGUUGAAAUUGAAGCUUUAAAACACGCACCUAAUUGGGGUUUGAGACACCGUAGAGAUAGCUUGAGUGGACUAAGCACACACAGCCAACCCUUGGGUUUUGGCUUUGGCACACAAAGUCCAGCGCCAACGUAUCACUCAGGAGCCUACACACCUGGAAUGAUGACAGAUGUUGUAAGAGAAGUUAAAGAAUCAGCCAGAGUUAGAGAAGAUGCUUUAUUGAGCAGGGUCAAAGCUAUGGUGGAGGAACGUUCUUGGUCGAUGGGUGAAGACAAUCUUCGUAUGUUAAGAGAGAUUGAAGAUUUAAAGUCACAAAUUCAACACCUCAAGGCAGACAACAAAGAAACCAACAAACGCAUGGUUCGUUUGGAAACAGACAACAAAUAUAUGCGCCAAAUGCUAGCUACCAUCCUCAACAAACGCAUCCCUGACAUUAUAUGUGACAAAGAUGGCCCUGCUCGAUCAACAACACAACGUAAGAAUUUUCCUGAUAUGCGUCAGCCAAAACGUGCCAAUAGCUUGAAUCUCCACUAUGGAGUCAUACAUCAAGCAACCGAAGAAGAAGAACCAAUGAAUUCACUUCAUAUCGCUGAGCAGGGAUCAGUAGGGGUCGGUGUUAAUUCGAUGGAUUCAUCAGAUCAACGCCACUCAUUUUCAAGUUCAGAUGGUCAAACUUCAAUUGUGAAUUCAAAUACUAAAAAUGGAUGGCCCGAAGAGAGAUCCUCCGUAAAAAGAGUCCCAAAAACAGCGUUGGUUGCUAAAGAUACGCUCGAACUUCAGAAGGAACUGCAAGAGGCAAUAGCUGCUCGGAAGCAGGCCGACAAUCGUAUUAUCGCUCUGGAGAGUAUGGUUAAGAAGCUUCAAGUGAAAUUCCCAAAUGGUGGGGAUGAACAGAUGACCACCGUAGCACCUGGUGGUAGUAGAAAUGGUGGUGGUGGGGGUUGCAAUACAUCACCUGCUCCUGCUUACAGCAGUUUUUUAUUAUCAUCUACUUCAUCGUCAUCGCCGGCACCAAAAUCAAAUUCUGCAACAAACACCGCACCAACAACAGCAUUAGUCUCAUCUUCUGCGUCACAAAUUUUCCAAUUAAAUAGCUCAAACCAAAUGCAACAUCAACAGCAUCAACAACAACUACAACUACAACAACAGCAGCAGCAGCUUCAACAACAGCAACAACAACAGCAGCAACAGCAACAACAACAACAGAAUCAUUUACCCCCAAAAUUGAGCUUGGCUGGCCCAAUAACUGAUUUAUAGUUCUAACAAUCACAGAAAAUUGAGAACUAUUUAAAUGACACUUCUGUAGGCAGGCAGCAGUUGUUGUUGUUACACAAAGUACUUUUGUUUAUUUAUUUUGUAUUAAUUGUUUUUCUUAGUUUAACUGUAGUAAUGCUAAUAUUUGUUAUUCCUUAUAAUUAUAAUACCGCUGUCUCAAAUGGCUUAGAGAUAUUUAAGUUUUAUUAUUUAUUUUUGAAUUCAAAGUGGAAUGAGUUUGUUCGAUGGGAGGAAGAAUUUAAUGGAACUUCUUAGCUUAUAACUUUAUAUUUAAAUAUUUUCCUUUUCAGUAUUUAACACUUAGGCUUUUCCUCUGAUAUAUUUUAUCGAAAAUUUCCCUUUUUUCUUUUCUGCCAAUUAUUAACUUUAUAAAACAAUUUUCUCGAAAUAAGUCUUAUAGUCGACAUUAGCCUGCUCUUUCUUAGCUGCAUUUUUGCAUUAACGUAGCCAAAUACUUUAGAAUAUUUAGUCUUGCAAUGAUUUUUCUUCUGGUUGCAAGACAUUCAAGUGUUAUUCAAUUCUUUAAAAAUGUAGCAGACAUUUUUAACUUCAAAAGCUAUACAUUUCUUGAAUUAGAUAAAAACUUUUGCACGCGAAAGUUAAAUGUCGUGAUCGUUAAUUGAAUACAAGUCUCUUCGUUAAGUACGAGUAUUUAAUCUUUUAAAUCUCGUCCUUUAGGAGUUCGUCUUUUUGUUAUGAAUUUUUCGACUCUUACAUAGAUUUUUAGCUUGCUUUUUAGGUAGAAUGAGAGUGAUGCAAAUAUGAAACGCUACACAACUUACAACUUCUUUUCUCGGUGAAACAAAAAUUAUGACACAAAAUUAUUGCAGAUACAUAAAGCUGAAAAUAUCACAAUCGAAGUCCAAAUUUGUAAUGACGAAGGAAUUCAAGACUCGGUAUUUAGUUGAGACAAAUAUUUCUUACGAUUUGAGGUCGGAAAUUCAGUCCAAACGCCUCAAAGCUAAUAUGGGGGGUAUUUCGACCCGUGCUUGACGUCAAGCUGUGAACAAUACAGAUUUUGGUUGUUAGUUUUGGAGAAAUUAGUCUUGAGUUUCACCAACUUAAGAGCACAAAAACAAUACUAAGUUCCCCAAAUAUAAAAAUCUGUCGAUUUCACAUAAAAUACCAUUAUUAAUAUUUUUGAAGAGCAUUAAGAAACUAAAUUCGGUAAGGUAUCAAGUUCAGAAAUGUAUUUCAAUUAAGACCUCUUGAAUCUGAAAGAUAUAAGAAAAGCAUUAGUGAGGCCAACAAGCCCAAGUCGUUAACUUUCACGAAAUGGGCAGGUUCAGACGAUAUAACGGACUUGAAAGCAAGGCAAGUUUCUAGUAUCUGUUUGGCCAGCUGCCAAAAAAUUGGGCAGGUUCAGACGACAUAAGGGACUUGAAAGCAAGGCAAAUUUAUAGUAUCUGAUUGGCCAGUUCCCAAAACAUUGCCUUCCAAUUAACACAACUUUAUUGAAAAGUCAAGUCUACUUAUGUCAAAAUGAAAGUUGAUCAUGUUUUUCCAUUCAGCUAAAAGCUGAACUUUAUUAUCUAUAGUUUAUUUCUUUUCUGCACAAUUCUAUCUUAUGUGUAGGCCAAUAGGGUUCUAUAUCAAAUUGAAAAAGAAUAAAGUAACUUGCCCAAGGCCUGUUUUUUGGACAAUAAUGUUCUUCGUAGUUUUUCUACGAUGAACUGAAGAUACAAGUUAGUGAAGCAAGGUUCCAAGUUUGAAAUUUAUGACACUUUAAAACUCUAACUAGUUGCCUUGGUCAAAAUUUACGUUCAAAGAAUGCAGUUAACUGCAAAUGAAGUCCCUUAUGUUGUCUGAACCUGUCCAAUAUUUUGUUUAUAAAUUUUAGAUUUUUGAAAGGGAAACGUUAAACAGGAAAAUACUAUCAAUUUGUUUGAAUUAAGCUUUCAAAAUAUUCAAAAUAUUUGUGUACAUAAUAUCAGCACAAGCAAAGUGUUAUGCAUCGUGAGUUAAGAUUUGUAGUUUAAAAUUGAACACAUAAAUCCUAAAGUAAACUUAAUAUUUGUAAUAUCGGUCAAGAGAACAAUUCAUUGAAUUAACUUUUUAAAAAUGAUAUCAUGUAAAUUGUGGGCACAACUUCUGCUGAGGUGGUCCAAUUUUCGGCGACUCGUUCGAGCAUAGCGAAUGGUAUCUCACAAAUAACACGAGUUAUAAGUUGCCUUUCAAAGCGUCAAUCACUGCUAGCUUAUUCCUGGUGUCCAGAGACUUGAGAUAAUAAGUUCAAAGGUGUAAUAUCGUGAAAUUAAGUAGGUACUUACCAAAAUAAUUUCUCACCAAGCUCAUUUUUUCAUGCGAUGUAUGGCGCCCUCCGUCUUGUUGAAAAAGAGCUUUUUAGACUAUGAGUUUAAAUUUAAAAAACAAAUAAUUUGUAAACAUGGGCCGAUAACAAAAAAGUGAUAAUUGAAGGCAACAUUCUGAUUCGCCUAAUUUUUAAAGAAAUAAAUUAAUGAUUCCAUAAUGUAUUUUGAAUGGAUGUAAUGAUAGUUUUUGCUACUUUUUUGGUUACUCAGCAGCCCAAAUACAUCAGUUUUGUAUAUUAACGUAUUCAUUUAGCUUGUAAUGGGAUUCAUAACUUAACUAAAUUUCACGAUAAGACAUUGAAUUUUCAUUGAAUAUUUAAGGGUGAGAUCUUCACAAGCUAGGCUGCUGAAACCGGUGACAAAUCGAAUCAAUCCCAUUCGUCUCGGUCUUCGCGAACACUCUCAACUAUAGCUACUAUAUUUUUUUAACUUCUGGAAGUGACCCUACCCGUCAAGUAUCAUCCACAGAUCUAAACCAGGACUUAAAUUUGUAAAUAGUUUUGGCAGUAGUCAAAUAUUUGUUAUAAGUUUCAUAGAAUACCACGAAAAACAUUCCGAUUAGAACGCUGAUUUUCAAAAUUCAGCUUACAAAUUUGGAGACUCUGUUGUAGUGUUAGUCACGAGUGAUUGUUCAAAAAAGGCUAUGGCAAACCAAACCUCACGAUAAAUCAUUCGAUAUUUGAAUCAUUUUUUCAAAUUACACAAAUAUUUGCCUUCGUAUUUAUUUAUAAACAAAAUUUAUACAGCUAUAGUGUUCAAGGAAAAUAUACUAAAAAUUAAUUACUAUUUAAUUGACUUUAGAUUGAGCCCAGAAAACUUAUAUAGCAUAGUUCAAUUGUCCUCAUAAUGGGAGUUGAAAUAACUAUAUGUAUAUUCUUUGAAUAAAAAUAAAAAUAAGGCAACUUGUGUUUAAAAUUGAAAUUUAAUUUAGGACAUGAAACCUACGUUUUUGUAGUACUUUUUCAAUCGCUAUCACUUAAAACACAAUCUAAGCUUAUGCACGUUAAAUUCCAGAGCUUUUGUAGAAUUGCAAUUUUUAAAUACUUCCUCUCUUAUCUUCAAACUCAAUUUAAACUUUAAUAGCAGAACAAAUUUAAUGCAUUUGUAUUAUCAAUAAAACCUACUCGUAGUCUAAAGUGAAAAAUGUCUAUAGGUGAUAAAGAGUAUAAAUGAAAGGUCUAUAAUAAUUACAUACAAAAACUCAAACAUUCACUUCUAGAAGUUUUUCAAAUCAGUAUAGAAAUGUCGUCCUACUAUCAUUUUCUCUCUUUUGUUAUAGAUAUUAUUAUACUUUUGUUUUUCUCACAAUCUUAAUUUUUCAUAUUAUAAUUUGAAGUUUUGUUUCUUUAAUGUUAAUUUUCUUCAAUCAGUCUUAUUUUGCUUUCAAACUCUCCACGACCGAUCAAAUAUCUUCUGGGAUGACUCAGUAAGAAAAACCUAUGAUAUUUGAUAGUUUAAGGUCAAAUUUGAUUCAACUCAAUUGGCCCUGAUAGUUUCGCACAUGAAUUGUGAAUGAAGGAACAUUUUCGUCAACACAGGGUUGAAUGAAUCGGUUCAUCCACUCAAAAUGAAGCAAAAUAGGAUUGUGUAGUGCAUUCUCAGUAUACACUCUUAAAAGCUUAGUUAAAUAUUUUACGUAGUUCUUUUUAUUUUAGAACUAACAAAAUUACAAUACAAAUCUUCUCGAAUAUAAUUUAUGUCUUAUUGAAGUAAACACGUCAUUUAUGUUUGUUUUGAAUUCUUUUUCACACAACUUUUUCAUUUGUUUGUCGUUAUUUUAAAUGUUUUUUG